AGCAACAAGUAUUUCCUCAUGCCAAAACAGGCCAUAUUGCUUUGGAGCUUUUUCACUGCGUCGUAUCCCUCAAUCUCAAUUCUCCUCUCUCCUCUCUCCUCUCUCCUCUCUCCUCCAUUGAAGCAGCUUCUGAGUUGUAGUUGAAUUUCACUGAUGACAAGUCAAGAGAGAUGGUGUGUGGUUACCGGAGGAAGAGGGUUUGCAGCCCGGCAUUUAGUCGAAAUGCUGAUUCGGUACGAAAUGUUCUGUGUUCGAAUAGCCGAUUUGGGUCCCUCUAUUAAGCUUGAUGCUUAUGAGGAGGAGGGAACACUUGGCAAGGCUUUGUCGUCUGGCCGUGCUCAGUAUGUAUCUGCUGAUCUCAGAGAUAAGGGUCAAGUGCUUAAGGUCUGUCAUGGAGCUGAUGUUGUCUUUCAUAUGGCGGCUCCGGAUUCUUCUAUUAAUAAUUACAACCUCCAUCACUCUGUCAAUGUUGAAGGAACAAGAAAUGUGAUUGACGCAUGUGUUGAGAUGCAAGUAAAGAGAUUGAUUUAUACUAGCUCUGCCAGUGUUGUCUUUGAUGGGGUGCGCGGGGUUAUUAAUGCAGACGAGUCUUUAUCCUACCCAGUCAAGCAUAAUGAUUCUUAUUCAGCCACCAAAGCUGAAGGAGAGGCAUUGGUCUUGAAGGCAAAUGGUGAAAAGGGGCUUCUUACUUGCUCAUUGCGUCCAAGCGGUAUCUUUGGCCCUGGUGACAAGCUACUAGUUCCAUCUUUAGUUGAUGCUGCAAGGGCUGGGAAGUCUAAGUUUAUCAUAGGAGAUGGAAAUAAUAUGUAUGAUUUCACCUACGUUGAAAACGUUGCUCAUGCCCAUAUAUGUGCUGAAAGAGCUCUAGCAUCUAAGGGAACAGUUGCAGAAAAAGCUUCAGGGCAGGCAUAUUUCAUUACAAAUAUGGAGCCAAUCAAAUUUUGGGAAUUCAUGUCACUCAUACUUGAGGGUCUAGGUUAUGAAAGGCCAAGAAUUAAGAUUCCUGCAUUUAUUAUGAUGCCUAUUGCACAUUUGGUGGAGCUUAUUUACAAAUUAUUGGCCCCUUAUGGUAUGAAAGUUCCACAGCUGACACCUUCAAGAAUCAGGCUCCUUUCUUGCAACAGAACAUUUAAUAGCUCGAAAGCCAAAGAUCGACUUGGCUACACACCAAUUGUAUCACUGCAGGAGGGUCUUGAGAGAACAAUUGAGUCCUACUCGCACUUAAGAGCAGAACAUCAGCCUAAAAGAGAUGGACCAUCUAAAGUGCAUAGAUAUCUUGGAGGUGGAAGAGUUGCUGAUGUACUCUUAUGGAAGGACAAAAGGCAAAGCCUAGCCACCCUGCUUAUUUUCCUUGCGUUUUACUACAACUUCGUCGCAUCUGGAUAUACCAUUGUUACAACAGUUUUCAAGCUCAUAUUGUUGGCAUCAGUGUUCCUCUACAUUCAUGCCAAUUUGCCUGAAAGAAUAUUUGGAUGUACUGUUGAGAAAGUUCCUGUAUCUGCUUUCCACUGCUCUGAGGAGAAAUCACGUAAAGCUGCUCUUUCACUUGUUUCUCGGUGGAAUACUGCAGUUGGUGUUUUAAAAUCGCUUUGCAGGGGCAAUGAUUGGAUGUUGUUUCUUAAGGUUGUCACGAUGCUUCUGAUUGUCAGUCUGUUAGGAUUUAUAUCUUUUCAGCGGCUAUAUUUGGUUGGAAUGCUAAUGAUCUUUGUAGCGUUCUACAUCUAUGAUAAGAAAGAAGAAGAAAUUGAUCAUCUAAUAUCAAGGGUUACCAAAUGUGGUAGCAAGUUGAAAUCCUACACGAAGACGAAAGAUCUAUAAGUCUUUACCACUGGUUGCCAGUUGGUGGUAUGCUCAUUCUCUUCACAUGUGACUCGCUUCGAGUCAGAGAUGCCAUAAAUUAUUAAGGGCUUGGCUUGGGCUGUUCCUUUUUCUUUAUUUUACAGUACUUACUUUGGUGAAGGUCAAGGAACUAUUCUAUCUCAGUGUUACAACCCUAGACAUGUACAGCUUUUUUGGUUCGUGUUACGGAGUUUGUAGGAUGAUAGUAGCCAUGGGCCUUGAAACAGUUUUCCAUAUUACUGGUUCUUAAAAGCCUGGUGAAAUUUAGGGUCCAUGUGUUUGGGACGGGGAGAGUCUUGUGCUUAGUCGUGAUGUAACUUUUCAAAUUUAACGCACUUUGGCGGCAUUCGUCUCCUAGGAUAGAAAUUGAGUUGUUUUUGGCAAUUGAAGGUUUGUUAGUUACCCCACUUAUGGGAUUAAGGAUUUGAUUGAUUAAUUGAUUGGUUGAUCAUUGAAUGUAUUUUUCAACUUGUAACUAUAAAUAUAUUCGACCCAAUUCUUGUAAGUUUUGGUGCAUUUUAUCCAUUAAAAGUGUAGUGCAUAUC